UGGGACGCCGAGGCCGAGGUGGCGGCCGGCGCGGGCGGAGGCGGCCCCUGCGCCUGGCGGGUGGUGGCCGUGUCCUCCGCGCGCCUCUGCGCCCGCUACCAGCGCGGCGAGUGCCAGGCCUGCGACCAGCUGCACCUCUGCCGCCGCCACAUGCUGGGCAAGUGCCCGAACCGCGACUGCUGGUCUACCUGCACCCUUUCCCAUGACAUCCACACACCUGUCAACAUCCAAGUACUGAAGAACCAUGGGCUUUUUGGCCUCAAUGAGGCCCAGCUUCGGAUCCUGCUUUUACAGAAUGACCCGUGCCUUUUACCAGAGGUCUGUUUAUUGUACAACAAAGGUGAAGCACUGUAUGGUUACUGCAAUCUCAAGGAUAAAUGCAACAAGUUUCAUGUGUGCAAGUCCUUUGUCAGAGGGGAGUGCAGACUUCAGAAAUGCAAACGGUCCCAUCAGCUCAUUCAUGCUACAGCCCUGAAGCUGCUGCAGGACCAAGGACUGAAUAUUCCAAGUGUUGUUAAUUUUCAGAUCAUCUCUACCUACAAGCACAUGAAGCUGCACAAGAUGCUCGAAAGUCAAGAUAACGCAGCUGCUUCUGCUGAGUAUUCCCAGGGUCUUGAGAAACCAGGAGUACACGUGGCUGGCCCUGCAGAGGCCAGUCCUGUGGCUCCCGUCCCUGCUCAGUCAGCCAAGAAGCCACACACAGGUAAACCGUAAAGGACGUCCGUGAAAUAAGAAGCUUGUCCAGCUGGAAGGUCUGAAAACAAAGCUUCUAUUGAGCUUUAUUUGUAAGUUCCUUCAUUUAAUCACUCAUCAAUAAUGGUCAUAGUAAUACCUACCUCACACGUUGUUGUAAAAAUUAAAGGAGACGGAGAAGGGGAGAACAUCAGGUUGGGAGGAUAACACUGGGGAUGGGUGGUUGUGGAUGUGGUGGGACGUUGAGUAGGCAGAGAGGGGAGGACGUGAGUUUGGUUGAGGUCAGUCCAGGGCAAACUCUGAAGAUGGCAGAUUCUGCCUGUGGUCCCUGACAGCUCCCCCAUGCUGGCGGGAGCUCCGAGAGGAGCCGGUUUUGACUGACUUGCUCCGUGAUCCAGCCAGUGUUUUUCUAUUCGCCCACAUACACGGUUUACACAGUGGUCGUUUGAGACUAUGGACACUUUGUACUCUUGUUUUUUCUUAAUGUUUCAUAAGCAUCUUUCCCUGUUCACACUUUAUCAUAUAUAAUCAUUUUUAUGCACAGAUACACUAGCACAUAAUCACUUACUUAACUACUUCCCUUAUUCUGGAUACUUCAAUUCUUUCUAACAAAUUUUGAAUAGAACUCUUUUCUUAAAAUCCUCACAAUAUUGAAUUUUUAAAUUUAUUCUUUUGCUUAGCUUGUCGGUGCUAAAUGUUACUGUCUUUUGAUUUGCAUUUCUUUAAAUAUAGGCAAGUGAAUAUUUUUCUGUGUGUGUGCUUUCUGUAGGUCUUUUUUGUGUGUGUGCAUUUUGUGCCUGCCCUCCUGGGGCCCUCCUCCGUGCUGAUGGGGGAUAGCCUUUCAUUAGGUUCCUUAAUUUUCAUAAAAAGUCGUACCGUGCUCAUAUGAUCUCCAGCUCUCAUGGAUCCCUCCACAGAGUUUAUAACUGUUGAGUGCUCACCAAAGAUUUCUACCUCACUGUGUCCACUCUGCAUUGCUUAUUAAAUUUUUCGCCAAAGCCCCAUCGCUAUAGUGUCGUUCAUCCAUUCCUCAAAGUUGUAUCCGUUCUUUCUGCGGAUCCGGAGGGACCAUCAGAAAGCUAUAUACCUUGUCUAUUUCGUGUUGACUUUCCUCCCUUCUCCCUGACCCCACCACCUGGCUUUCUUCAUCCAGUUACACGUGGGUGUUUGGUUGUUUGUUUUCACUGAAGGGUACCGCAGAGAAGCUGCGUUAUGACAUUUUUUUCUGUGUUCGCUGUUGUGAUAUCCCCAAAUGUUGAAGUGUAAAGUGGCUUUUUUUUUUUUUUUUCCAUUUUAACUUUCCUGCAGUAACACAACAUUUGAGACAUGGGGACAAGGGAGUGAGUUUUUCAUAAAGCUGAAUUAAUUUAAUUUAGAACAAUGUUUUAUCAUGAAAUGCUGUCUUCUCUAUUGGGGAGGUGUGCCAAAAUACCCUUUUCACAGUGAGUAAUAGCUGUGUUUUCUCCUAAUGGACAGUGAGAGUCAUGCCGCUUCUGUGAAUCUUUUCACUUUGGUUGUCCACAACAGUAUUGCUGAGGGCCCUUAUGUUCUGUGUACCUUGUUUCCUUUUUCCUAAUUCUGAUUUCUCCUGGUGCUAAUUUUUUUAAAAAUUAUUUUUACAUUUUAUUAUUAUUUACGUUUUAUCCUUUUACCAUGUGUAUUUUUGCUGUAAGCCAUCUUAAGUUCUAAAUGGAAACAGUGUAGGGUACACCUGUAUAUCCUGGACUUUUACAGUAUUGUGUUCUUUUGUAAAUCUUAUAGUUAUGCUUUUAUAUGCAUAAAAAUGACCCUCUGUAACCUUUGUUGCAAUAUUUUAUUCAAUUCUAUAAUAUUUCAUUUAAAGCUUGUUUCUGUUAGUAUCCAUUCUGUGAAAAUAUUUUAUAUAAUCCCACUUGACCCUCGUUUUCAUCCCAUGAUUCAGCUGUUAGAAAGCCAUCACAUUAGACCUGGAGGUGACUUUUCGUUGGUCAUUUAUCAAGGCUCUGAGGUGAGGCUGCACCUCGAUAGGCUCGGCAAAUCCAACAUUUCCUAAGUGAAAUGAUGAACUUUCCGACAGACCUGUUCCUCUGUUUUUAUUUUGGAGUGUCACCCCCUACCUACUUAACCCAAAACCCUGCAAAUUGCCCUAUACUCUUCUUUCUCCUGGUUCCUGGUGUUAAACUUGUUACCCAGUGUUGGAGCUUAGUUUCCCUUCAAAAAUCUCAAAUUUGUAUCCUUCUCUGCCCCUUUCUCUCCAUCCCAGACACACUGACUUCUUUCUAACCCUCAUCACCUCUUGCAUAUGUUGCACGAGAUGGAGGAUUCAGUAGUUUUCCAGCCCUAGCUCGUGAGAGUAUUUUUAUAGGAGGUGCUAGGUAGCCCCCUGUUCGUCUUCAGUGAUGGCAGUCCCAUUUUAAAUUUUUCAUAAAAUAGGCUUUUAUGGAUUUCAUUGGUCUCCUUCCUACCCUUCUACACCCCUGCCUUCCAUCCUGUGCCUGUUUGAUCUUUUAAAAUGCAGACCUAAUCACAUUGCUUUGUUCUGCCAUAACCUUCACUGGUCCCCAUAAUGCAAGAUAGGAGUCAUAAACUCAGAUGCUUUCUUGGAUGAGAAAGGGGAGCUAAGUGGAUGAUGUGAGCUGGAUGUAAGAGAAAUGGGGGGAAGGAGGAAGUGUCAUAGCAAGUUGUCCCAUCUGGGUGGGGCACCUGCCUCUUGUGCCUGUGUGGGGAUGUGGGCCCAUUUUGUCAUGUUGUCUAGUUAGUUGAAAAAACCAGAUCCAGAUUUUAUGAUAAAUUUUCAGAUUUUUAAAUAUUGGCUUUUGAUUGAGUUUUAAAGAUACAGACCCAUAUUGUGUGUACUGACCUAGUUGCAAUUUUUGGAAUGUGCCGUUUUAUUUUAUGACUCUCUGUGUUUGUAAAUGAUGUUCCCAUUAAGUGCCACUCUUUCUCUCUUCCUGCCUCAAAACCUGGCAAAAUCUGAUUCUUUAAAAUGCUAGGUUAAUCUUUUCUGACCCCAAGAAAGGCAGUUCUCUUAGCAUUCUCAAAGUUCUAGCAUAACACUUACUUUGCCAUGGUUUCUGCUUUUAUUCCCUAGCUUUGAGCAAAAACAAAACCAUUAUUUCUUCUUUUUGGACAUUUGACACUUGUCCAAAAAGAAAAAUUUUUUGACACAUAAUGAAUCAAAGUCUGUGUUUGAAUCCAUGGAAUCAAUAUCAUAUUGGUCUUCAUUAUUCUUUUUUUUCUCCCCACAUAUAUAUUUUUCAUUUUCAAAAAGUCUUUUUCGCCUAAGGAAUGUGUUAUUUAAGGUAAACAUCUUUUUGGUCCUUCAGUUUGAAUCAUCUAGGUCUAAAAUUAACUGUUUAAGACUUAGGCUCGUGAUACUAAUCUUUCCAUCAAGGAAUUUAGUCUCUUCAUUGCUGAUGGGUUCCUUGAUUUCUUUCAUUAUAGUUUGUUCUUAUUUUUGUCUAGCCUUAUAUAUCCCUUAUUACAUUGAUUUUUUUUUUCUUGGUUGCAUACAUCUGUAUUGCUACUCUGUAUGGGAAUCUCUAUCAUUAGAAUGCUAUUGAUUUUUAAAAUAUUUGUCGAAUUAUCUUUGUUCUAACAGUGUUAGGUGGCUUUUUGUUCUUCUAAAUAUAAAAUCAUACCUGCAAAAAGAUUUGUCUUUUUUUAUGUAUUUCUGUUUUGUUUUGUGUUAAACAAAAUUGUGGUCAAAAGAUUUUUUUUGAUAUUUCUUCUUUAAAUAUGAAGUUAAUUGUCGGUUUUAAACAAAUGUUCUCUAUUUAAUAAGGGAAAUUACAUUUAUUGCUUGUAGAAGCUUUUAGUAAGAAUUGGUAUCUUUUGCAUAAUCAUGUAAUUUUUAUCACUUAAAUCACCUAAUAUGAUUAUAUUACUGGUUUUACUAUAUUAAAACAUUCUUAAAUUCUGAGUAACUCUACUUGAUUAUGGCAUAUGCUCUUUCAAUGUAUUGCUUUUCCCUAUUUGGUCAUUUUUAUUAUAAUUAUAUACAUCUACACAUUCAUAAAUAAAAUGCAUUUAUAUUUUAUAUGUGUAAGGACGGAUUUCCUUUUUAUUUUUAUUGCUAAGCGCUCAAAGUAUACAUUUUAUUCUAAGUGCUAUUUUGAGUUCUGCAAAUUGAUUUAUAAUGUCAUUAUUAUUUUUUAAAUUUUUUUCCUGCUUUAUUGAGAUAUUAUUGACAUAUAACAUUGUAUAAGUUUAAGGCGUAUAAGGUGAUGAUAUUGAUACAUGUAUAUCAUUGUGAAAUGAUUAUCACAGUAAGUUUAGUUAACACAUCCAUCACCAAACAUUCAUUAUUAUUUUUAAAGUAAUGUAUU